AUGUCCUUAUCUCGCGGGCAAAGUACACGCCGAAUGACAAUAAGAUACGGACAGGAUAACGAGGACGAACGCGACAAUCUGGUCAAAUACGUACACGCUAACACCACAUUUGGCUUCAAGUUCGAGUCCCAAUUAAAGGCCUAUCUCAGCGGAAAACCCGUCGAUGCGAACGGACCGAAGGAACGGGCGGUGUACCGAACUUUGGUGCAGCACGUGAUCGCACGCAAGCCGUUGGCAGAGGUGAGUGGGCACGGGGGUGUCUCUGUGUACGCAUCGCAGCGAUCAUAA